AUAACCCCGCGCCCUAUUCCCCGAGCACAUCCAUAGCGCCGCAUGAGCGGGUCGAUGGAGAAGCCGAGAUCUGAACCAGGCACAGGUUAUGGAGCAGUCGACCCGGCGUGACGCCCUUGGAUUAACAAGAAUUCUUCCCCACUCCCCACAUGGAGGGGCUCUGUUGGGAGAUUUUUCGAAUCGGAAAGCAGGGUAAUCCAGUUUACACAUCAAUCAGCCCAUCUGUUUUGCAAUCGUUACACAGUAGUACCGUGCCAAGCGGCUAUUUGAAUUGGAAGGUUCGGCAUUCCCAACAAAGGAUGGAAUCGAAGGUGGUCAUUGUUACCGGCGCGAGCCGUGGUAUCGGCCUCGCUGUUGCCCAAUCCCUGUUGGCGUCAUCCCAAAAGGUGGUCCUUGUUUCCAGGUCGGCCGAUCAGCUUCAACAGCUGAAGGAUAGCUUUCCUUCGCAAGUCGCUUUUCUUGCGGCUGAUAUGACAGCUGCUGACACAGCCCGGAGAGUAACAGAGCUCGCUACCCUUACCUUUGGGAGGAUAGACGGGGUCGUUGUCAACCACGGCGUGCUUUCUCCCAUGACGCGAAUCGAAAAUGCCUCGAUCGAGGAGUGGAAGAAGCUCUAUGAUGCGAACUUCUUCAGUGCGCUUGCAUUGACCAAGCAGGCAAUCCCUCACCUGCGGGCUUCGAAGGGCCGAAUCGUAUUCGUCUCCUCCGGCGCCGCAACCGGCGCUUAUACUGCGUGGGGAGCCUACGGCUCUUCCAAGGCUGCCUUGAACUCUCUUGCAAAACACAUCGCCGUCGAGGAGCCCGACAUCACCGCCGUAGCCAUCAGCCCGGGUCGGGUCGACACCGACAUGCAGAAAGAACUUCGUGAGAAGGGCUCGGAGAUGUCGAAGAAGGACUACGACACGUUCGUGGCCGACUUUGAAGAGGGCAGACUGAACAAGCCCGAGCUGCCCGGCGGUGUCAUCGCAAAGCUGUCUCUGGACGCCAAGCCAGAGCUUUCCGGCAAAUAUUUUAAGUGGGAUGCAUCAGACUUGGUUGAGUAUCGCCAGUAGUUACGGUAAUCUUGGGAUCUGCCCGAAAUGCUGGUCAGCUUUGAUCGUACCAAGAAUCCAUGGAGCAUUAGACGCUUUGGAUAAGGGCAAUCAGACAAAAAAAAGAAGGCUUUAUGUUCCUCCACAUGUUAAGCUUCGGUAUUAGCAUGGAAUAAAGUGGUUCAUCACAAGCUGCAAAGUCAGUUCCAGUAUUGAAGAGAAAGCGACCUACCGUCUGCGACGUCCUUCGCCUCACACUUGAUUCACACGAGUUGACGACUGGGUUCCGGGUCAGUAUGAUGCUGAAAAAGCGGCACUCAUCCUGCUAUAAUCGGGUGUUGUUGGAGAUCAGGUGAUAUGUGUCCAUCAUGAAUUAUCGGCAUUGGAAUGAAUAGUACAGUAUUGAGCAUCAUGUCGCGGAUGUAUCCGUCGUUGGAAAUCGAACUGGUUCUGCGAAAGCCAUCUGCAUCCACAGCCC